CGUAACGGCGUGACUCUUACCUCGUUGCUGUGUUGUAGUAGUUGUUGGCAUUGGUGUGUGAGCUCACUCUUCUCUCUUCGAAGCUCCCGCAGCCACCACACCACUCACUUUUAUCGAGCGAGCGAGUAAUGAUCGCUUCGCCGCAAUAAUCGCCGGAACAAUUUGCCGUUUCCCUGCCGAGAUCUCUCACUCUUUGACGAUUCCGAUACCUCGAUUUUGUUCCGGUUAGGUUAGGUUAUAGAAUAGUUUUUCCAUUUAUGGCUUCGGAGAAUGUGAAGACUGGGGAUUCCGCCGUCACCACCAUCGUCAACCUCGCCGAGGAGGCCAAGCUCGCCCGAGAAGGCGUAGUCAAGGCUCCCAACUACGCGCUCGCCAGCAUCUGCAAGUCACUUGUCGCGGGUGGCGUCGCCGGAGGAGUGUCACGUACUGCAGUUGCUCCUCUGGAACGGUUGAAAAUUUUGCUACAGGUCCAAAACCCUCAUAACAUUAAAUACAAUGGAACUAUACAAGGCCUAAAAUAUAUAUGGAGAACUGAAGGUCUCCGUGGACUUUUCAAAGGGAAUGGUACUAACUGUGCUCGAAUUGUCCCUAACUCUGCUGUGAAGUUCUUCAGUUAUGAGCAAGCUUCUAAAGGUAUAUUGUACAUGUAUCAGCAGCAAACUGGAAAUGAGGAUGCUCAACUGACUCCUGUUUUACGUCUUGGAGCUGGAGCUUGUGCUGGAAUAAUUGCUAUGUCUGCAACUUAUCCAAUGGACAUGGUUCGUGGCCGUAUUACUGUGCAGACUGAGGCAUCCCCAUAUCAGUACAGAGGAAUGUUUCAUGCUUUGUCUACUGUGCUUAGGGAAGAAGGUCCCCGUGCUUUAUAUAAGGGCUGGCUUCCUUCAGUUAUUGGAGUUAUUCCUUAUGUAGGUCUCAACUUUGCUGUGUACGAAUCUCUAAAAGAUUGGUUAAUUAAAUCCAACGCAUUUGGUCUUGCUGAUAAUUCUGAGUUGGGUGUGACAACACGCCUGGCUUGUGGUGCUGCUGCUGGAACUGUUGGACAAACUGUUGCUUACCCUCUUGACGUUAUUCGUAGAAGAAUGCAGAUGGUUGGUUGGAACCAUGCUGCUUCUGUUCUAACUGGUGAUGGAAGAGUCAAAGUCCCGCUUGAAUACACUGGAAUGAUUGAUGCAUUCAGGAAAACUGUUCAGCAUGAAGGAUUCGGUGCAUUAUACAAGGGUCUUGUGCCUAACUCUGUAAAGGUGGUCCCAUCGAUAGCUAUCGCUUUUGUGACAUACGAGAUGGUGAAGGACAUUUUAGGAGUUGAGAUCAGAAUAUCAGACUGAAGUGUGAUAACCACAUGAAAUAAAUCUGUUCAACUGGUGUGGUUUUUCAUUGAAUUUUUUUCGUAGGCAAGGGGAUGCUGAGAUGGUAACCUAAAGUUAUUUUCUUUAUUUUCCUCUCUGGAAGGAUGAGUUUAGAAACUCUUAGAACUAGGAUUCAUAAAUUUAUUCCCUUGUUCUAUUUGUUUUCGUUCGAUUUGUCCAUAAUAAGUGUUGUGGAAAAACAAUGCAAGGACAUAGCUUGGUAGCUUUCUGCACUGGUUGAGAAAGCAUUUUUCUUAGUGGAUUUUGCAUCAACUAAUA